UCCUCUUGAGCUUGUUCGUUAUUCAAAACAAACCUCAUGACGUACUCAAAAACACAACGUUGAUCAACGCAGUUAUGAAGUUCAUUGCUGGUUUCUUGACGCUGCUAUUUCUACCAUCCUCGAUUACAAAACAAUCACUGAACAAAACUACAGAACCGAACAACRUCUUGCCUAAAAUUCCUGUUUACAAAUUUGCAAAAGUAAAAACUAUUUUCCUACGAGAGCCUAAAGCUCCUACCUCUAGAAGAGAAUCAGUGGAYGUUCCUUGGAACCUGACAGGAGUCGACAUUCCAGAGAAACCAGAAAACCUCUCCAAAAGUUUGACAGAAAAAAGGUUAAACUACGAAACAUUGUGGAACAAUGGCUCWCUGACAUUGACCCUGGUUCGAUUAAAUAUAGAAGAAAAAAAUCYCAAACCAAUCAACAAUCAUGUUAGUGAAAACCAUUCCACAGUUGCCCAUGAGGAAGGUGAUAACYUGUUUGAAGCUUUCCUUGCGAAAGAUAUCGCAUCCAUUGUUCCUGAUCAAGAUUUCGUACGUGGGAUGCGGAGAUAUAGGCGAAGGGUAUUUGGCAAAGACAAGCGGGUAAUAAUAGCCCCAAGUCAACUACGCAARAUUCCAUUCUCUGCAGUGGUGAAAAUCUCAACAGGCUGCACAGGAACAUUAAUAUCUCGUAUCCAUGUACUUACUGCGGCUCAUUGUGUUCAUGAUGGUUCAAAUUACAUCAGAAGUAUUAAAAACAUUAAAGUUGGAUUACCAAAACAUAAUGGYAAGAUGCGAUGGAUACAUGUUAAGUACAUCAAGGUACCUCAAGGUUGGACAACUGCGCAAGACUAUGGCUACGACUACGCCGUCAUCAAAUUGGUCCAUCGACAUCGACGCAAAGUCUUGGACGCUGGUUCAAUCAUCCAGUCACGUGGUCGUAUUAAUACGCAUUUCCUCGGUUUUCACCAAGACAAGUCCCCCCCUAAYUCCGUUUGGUAUUCCUUUUGCGCAGCCAAGCCUCUAGACCACGUGAUUGUCAAUCGUUGCGACGCCAAGCCUGGUAGUUCUGGUGCUGGAUUGUAUGUACUAUCGGGCACAGGGACUCAAAUCACUCGGUACAUCGUUGGUGUGCUGUCUGGGUCGGGAACAGUACGGUUUCGUAAUGGCAAGGCAAAGCGGUUUAAUAUCGCUACUAAGCURACUCCUCUGAAGACAGCGCACAUUUGCUCAUGGGCCAAGGCAGCGCCAUCAUGUCGAGGCCACGCCUUCGUAUAAAAGCCAAAGUUAUGUAAGCAAGAUGACGUAACUCAUGUGGUACGUCACUACUCUUAUCACGUGGUUCAGUAUAUUCUUUCUCAGUUACAGUACAAAACGAAAAACAACUGAGAUAAACUUUUUUCCAAAAGGAAUAAAUAUAUCGAUAUAUAAUUAUAUCCUGUAUACAUUUUGAAUUUCACAGCAUCCAUAAUAAAGUACACUUACCUGGAUAUAAACGAUGCAGUGUGCAAAAUUCGAUUUAUGUAAAAAARUAACCUAUUUUAUAUGAGGAAUAUUGGCAUAUUAUGAGAAUAUGUCAUGUUUAUUGUUAUUCAUAUUUGGAUUAAAGUCAUAAUUGAUUCGGUCAUUCGCGAAUGACGGGAAGACU